UUGACAUCUCUUUGUUUUCAUUCUGCUGAAGCGUUUAGCGUUCGUUAUUUGUGCCCGGUUUAAUUAUUUUAUUUUAUUUUCUGUGUGCACAAUUUCCAUUGUCGAUCGAAAUUAAUGCAACAAUGUCGGUCUGUGAUACUCAAAAAGCUGAGGCUUCUAAAGACAAUGUAUCUCAGAACUCAAUCGACGAAGGUUUACCUCGGGAACUUAGUCAACUUAGUCUUUCGAGUGGUUCCAGUCCCGAUGAAUUUCACUGUCACAAAGGACAUUCAGAAUCAACAUUAAAGAAUAUAUUCGGUUAUUAUCAGUCCCAAAAGCUUUGUGAUGUAGUUCUUAUUGCAGGCACUUGCAGGAUACCUGCACACAAAAUAGUUUUAGUAUCAUGCAGUGAAUAUUUUGCUGCAAUGUUCACGGGAUCACUGCAAGAAGCCAAAUCCACAGAAAUAACUCUAGAAAGGGUUGAUCCACAAGCGCUGAAGACACUAGUACAUUAUUGUUACACAGGAAUUAUAGAAUUAAGUGAAGACACAGUAGAAGUCUUAUUAUCAACUGCCACAUUACUCCAACUUCAUGUUGUAGCCAAAGCAUGUUGUGAUUUCUUAGAGAAGCAGUUGGAUCCCUGCAACUGUUUAGGCAUAGCAUUAUUUGCCGAACAGCAGUCCUGCAUUUCGCUACAUAAAACUGCUAUGGAGUACACAUAUCAACAUUUUAUGCAGGUAGUGAAAAACGAAGAGUUCCUAUGCUUAGAUGAUGAACAAUUAGCCAAUUUAUUGAAAUCCGAUGAUCUCAAUGUUGUGACUGAAGAGAAUGUGUUCGAGAGCAUGAUGCUGUGGGUGCAGCAUGAUCUUGUGAACAGGGAAAAGUACUUGCCAAACUUGUUGAAACUGAUUAAACUGCCGUUAUUGUCAUCAGAGUAUCUGAUAGAUAAAGUAGAGCAAGCGUGUGGCAACGUGGCUGAAUGCCAGCCGCUCAUCAUGGAAGCUGUGAAAUGGCACCUGUUACCUGAAAGACGAUCCCUUCUGUUCUCACACAGAACUAGACCGAGGACCUCUACGAUUGGACGCUUGUUGGCUAUCGGUGGCAUGGAUGGGUAUAAGGGUGCUAGUAACAUGGAAAUGUAUGACCCAAGGACAAAUACAUGGACUCCCUUUAUGAGAAUGGGUGCUCGAAGACUGCAAUUUGGAGUCGCUGUGAUGCAGAAUAAACUUAUAGUUGUAGGCGGUAGAGACGGCCUUAAGACUCUUAAUACGGUGGAAUGUUUCGACCUAACGUCACUAAGCUGGAGCACACUAGCGCCAAUGAACGCACACAGACACGGGCUCGGUGUUGCCGUGCUUGGGGACGGGCCUAAUUCGCCGAUAUAUGCUGUGGGCGGACAUGAUGGAUGGAUUUACUUGAACUCUGUGGAACGGUGGGACGCGUGCUCGCGCACGUGGACGAUAGUGGCGGGCAUGGCGGGCGCGCGCAGCACGUGCGGCGUGGCGGCGCUGCGCGGGCGCCUGUACGCGGUGGGCGGCCGCGACGGCGGCGCCUGCCUGCGCUCCGUCGAGUGCUACGACCCCGCCACCAACCACUGGGCCGCCUGCGCGCCCAUGACGCGCCGCCGGGGGGGCGUCAGCGUGUGCGCGGCGGGCGGGUACCUGUACGCGCUGGGCGGGCACGAGGCGCCGGCCAACACGGCGGGCGGGCGCCUGGCCUGCGUGGAGCGGUACGACCCGCUCGCCGACAGCUGGCUGCUGCUGGCGCGCCUGUCGCACGCGCGCGACGCCAUCGGCGCCUGCCUGCUGGGCGACCGCAUCGUGGCCGUGGGCGGCUACGACGGUGUCCAAUACCUGUGCGUAGUAGAAGUGUACGACUCGGAGUCGAACUGCUGGCGCAAGCUGGCGCCGCUCAGCACGGGGCGGGCCGGGGCCGCCGUAGUAGCCAUACCGCCGCCGAGAAACAUCUUCUGAUAUUGCAGCCACCAGCUCGUUGUUUACGUCAUCGGCUAGUUUUUUUUUUGUGUUUUCAGCCAGUGUUUAAUUAACUUUUUUUGUCAAAAAAAUAUUGCUUGCCAGUGAAUGAUUAACUUUUAAGACGCGUUAAUUUUUUUUUAUCUUGACAUUUUCGGCCAGUUCAUGGUUUACUUUUUUGCUGGCAAAAGAUUAUUGCUGGCCAGUGAAUGAUUAACUUGUAUGGCGCGUUGAUUUUUUUAAAUUGUGAUAUUUGCAGCCAGUUCAUGAUUAACUUAAGUACAUACAUAUUUCUCGUUUUAUUUCAAUUUUCGUUUUCAUGUUGUGAUAUUUUCAACCAAUAGGAAAAGCGUUAGGGCGUUUGAAUUUUUUUAUAGUGAAAAAAAUUUUGAAUGCAGCGAAUUUAAAAUAGCCAUAUGUUACUAAAACUAAUAAAGCGUAAUGUUUUUAGUAUAUUCUAAUUUGAAUUUGUUUAUGGAAUCUCAAAAGAAAUUGUUGCGGUCAUGCAACUAAUCGCAAUCUGACUCGAAUGACCAUUUUUUGUUUUACAAAAAUAGAAACAAUCAUUCCAAUUGGUUUUACGUAAAAAAUUGUCAAUAAUCACAAUUUUCAGUGCAUUAAAUUACAAUCAAUAAUAAAAUAUCGUCCAUAUAUUUUUAAAUACCUACAAAACCAUACAAUCGUCAUAGCCGAUGUUGUAUAACAAUUUUAAUCACUUAGUAUGAACCCAAUAUAUUCGUCUUUGUAUAAUAUUAUUUUUUUGACGAAAUAGAAUAGUGUGUACUUAAUCGCUCAUAUAUUUUUCUAGGGUAAUUUUGUUUAAAUAUAAUACGUUUUAAGUAAGACAUCACAUUAACGAUAAUUUUAUAUACAAAUCUACAAGUUUACAUCUUUCAUGCUUCUCACAAAAACACUUAUGACUGCAUUUUUUGUGAACAUUUUAUUUUUUCUGAAAUUAAUUUCCAUAUAUUUCAUUCCAUUAUUUCUGGCAAUUUUUAGAUAUAUACAACGGUAAUUGUUAUGUAAAUAUAUUUUAUAACUAGACUAUCGAAUAGAAUUGAAAAAAAAAACGAAUAUAUAAUUAAAUAAGUUCCAGUUGUAGUAAAAUAAUACAAAUAUUAUAGAUACGGUGCAUUUAGAAAUACGUGUAUUUGUAUAUAAUUAAUUAGAUACAAAUUUUACUCCAAAAAUAAAACCGGUAAUGUAUGCUAAAAACUCUACCGGCGUGCUCUUACAUCGAUUAAACUGAAAAUAGUAUUCAUAAUCCUCACAUAGACGAACUGACGAGAGUAAAAAAAAUACUUUCUCAUUGUCAUUUUUUGCUUUAAAAAUGAGGCUUUUUUUAUUUAAUUAUUUUUUUGUUUCUUUAUGUACUUACAGCUCUUAUUAUUUCUUUUUUAUAACAAAAAUUCUAAAAGGUUGCUAACAUCGAUCUCAGUUCGUUUAGAUAACGAAUGAAAAUUAAAAACGACGUGUGGCACUCGGGGACUGCCGCGGUAAAACUAUUGCAUGCUAUGCCUUCACGCCACACCUCCGCCCGUCGGAGUGGGGAGCGUGAGGUUUUUUC